GCCGCCGCCUGCCAUGUCGGAGAUUUUAUGCGAGUGGCUGAACAAGGAGGUGAAGCUCUCCCGGACCGUAGUUCCAGGAUCAUUUUCAGAAGAAUUUUCUACUGGCUACCUCUUAGGAGAACUUCUGCACAAGUAUGGUCUUCAAGAUGACUUUAAUCAGUUUUCACAGAGCAGGGUUGCAAAUGCAAAACUUAACAAUUUUUCUCGCCUGGAGCCCACGCUUUACCUCCUUGGUGUGCAGUUUAAUGAGAAUGUGGCCCAAGACAUCAUGACAGGACAGCAUGGGGCUGUAACAAAGCUUUUAUAUGAAUUGUAUGUUGCUUUAGAGAAAAAGAGAAAAGCCAAGAACACUGGAGGAUCUGUGGAAGCAACAAGAUCUGCAGCAACUGCAAAGGUUAAAUCCAUUGAAAGUGUUUUAUAUCAGGAGCAUUUGAAAACUCUAAUGUCAUGUCACCAUGAUUUGCAACUGCAACAGAUUUCAGAGCAUUUAAAAAUAAAACCUAAAGUGCUAGAAGAUAAGAUCGCUCGUAGGCAAAUUGCAGAACAGCAGAAAUUUCAGAAGCUCCAAGAGGAACAAAGAGCCCAAUACAAUGAAAAGGAUCACAUAGGAAAAAGAAGACAAAAUGAAAUAAUGGCCAGGAUACAAGCAGCCGUUAUACAGAGUCCAAAGCCACCACCAAGUCACACUACAAAAGCUGUGGAAGCCAAACAAUCCUUAAAGAAGAAAAAAGAAGCAGAGGACAUGUACAAAGAGAUAAAAAAAUUUGAGAAGUCUAUGGCAAGAAAUGCCUUUGCAGUACAUGGCCAAGUCACUGACAGUGAUACACAAGAAUCAUUGCAAACACAGAAGUUGCAAGCGACAACUCUAGAAAAUACAGCACAGACAACAACUGAUCUGUUGAGUAUUUAUUCAGAUGAUGGAUAUAUAGGGAAAAUUAAGAAACGUUUGGAGGAAGAUACAUUUUCCAGAGAGCGACGAGAAAAGAGACGUCGGAAAAUGAUAAUGGAACAGAUAAAGGCACAUGAAGCUGAAGAGGAGGCAUACAGGGAGGAGCAACUUAUUUACAGGCUAAUGAGACAAUCUCAGCAGGAGCGGAGGAUUGCUGUUCAGCUCAUGCACGUUCGACAUGAAAAGGAGGUGUUAAGGCAAAACAGAAUUUUCAGAGAAAAACAAUUUGAAGAAAGGAGGCUGAAGGAGUUCCAGGAAGCUCUUGACAGAGAAUUGGCUCUUGCAAAACAAGAAAAAAUUGAUUAUGAAGAACAAAUUAUCAAAGAAAGAGAACAUCAUCAGAAAAUUUGCAUUGAAAGAGCUCAAGCACGUUAUAAAAAGCAUUACGCUAUGUGUUGGGAGAUCAUCAGCCAAAUUGUUGAUUUAUCAACUAAAGUAGGAGAGUAUCGUGUACUGACCAACAACAAAAUUCCAAGGAAAUUAAUGCUUGAUUGGAAGGAGUUUUUUGUUAACGGCAAACCAAUAUAUGAACAAGCCUCGAUCCAGCCUUUGCCAGAUGAACCAAGCCCAGAGCAACUCAUAGAGCUGGAUAAAAUGAGUCUGUUAGAUGAAAAAGAUUAUGAUGAAUACAAGAGUAUGACAGGAGAAUGGUGCCCAACUGAAGAGAACAGCGAAAACAAACCACCUCUUAAUAAUAACAUACUGGGUCAUGUGCUUCGUAGACUGAUGGAGAUUUUCUAUCCUCCAAAACCCAAAGCUUCACCACCUGCAUUUCCUGCAUUUCCCAUCAAGGGAUGUAUUUUGGGAAAACUUUUUAGUGGAAAAACUACCUGUAUAAAGUCUAUUGAAAAAGUUUGCAAUAUUCAGGUACUAUCUGUUGAUACUCUGGUUCAGGAGGCCAUCCAAGCUUUUACUAAAAAUGAAAUGAAAAGAGAACAAAAUAUGAUUCCAGAAGAAGCAGAGAGUUCUAAGGAACAGAAUAAAGUCCAGAAGAUCUUACCAAAGUCAUCACCAAAUGUUCUAAAGAAAUUGCAAACAGAAAUACCUAGAAAUGGAACCAAAGGCAAUUGUCCUGUCAAAAAGGAUCCAUCUGAGCAAGACUUAAAAUCGGGUAACAGUCAGGAUGACCUAUCCAAGCUAUCCGUACGUGCCCAGCUUGGUGCCAGAUCCCAGAAAAUGCUGAAGAAAGGAAAAAGUAUUCCUGAUGAAUUACUAGUUGACAUCCUAGUGGAAGCCAUUAAGCAAAUACCACCAGACAAGGGGUGGAUUGUGGAUGGGUUUCCAAUGACAAUUAAUCAAGCAAAGCUAUUUGAAAAAGCCUAUACAGGGACUGAUCUGGAAGCAAAAGACAUAGAUUCUGAAAGGUUCUCACUUGUUAUGGAUCCCAGAGCCCCUAACAAGACUCCUGUUACUUCACAUGCUUUUGAUAUUUCUGUGUUGUUGGACAUUUCAGACACUGUGGUACUGAAACGUGUGGCUAACUUGAAGGAGAAUAAUUGGAAGUCAUCUCAAACUGAACAGGAAAACAAUGAGCAAACUUCAGAGGCAGAAAUCCUAGAAGAGAAGAUUGACAUAGCAAGAGAGCAGGUGCUACACAGAAUUUCAGGCUUUCUGGACACAUGGCCAAAAUUAGAGAAGUGGUUUUCAGUCCAUCAGAAUAUUCUGGUGAAAGUUAAUGCGGAGGCAGAAGAAAGUCUUGUUUGUGAAACAGUGAAGGAUGUUAUAAUGGAGGAAAUUGCCAAAAACCAGAAUAGAAGGUCUGCUCAAGAAGUAUCACCAGGAAAAAGGCUUUUACCAGUUGCUCAUCAAGAUCUGCCUCCUUCUCUUCCUGUGGCACCACCACCAGUUGAACCAGGAUCAGAGGAAUGGAUUUACGUAGAUGAACCACUUCCCAAUGAGGUACCUGGAUUUUUAGUACCUUACUGGGAAAUGGUAGAAAAUGCAUAUAAGAAUACCAUCAAAACUAUCCUUAGAUGUCUAAGGGAUGAGCAGCACUCUGCGAUUGCUUACUUGGCAGAUAUUAGGAAAAAAUUCCAAGAAUAUUUGAAGCAGCCAGAUCUUAAGCAGGAGUUUGUAUCUCAGUGGCAGUCAGAUUUUAAUUCAAUUGCUGAUGACCUGCGAGAAGAUGAGGAAACAAAAGCAGAGCUACACCAAAGAGUUACUGAUCUAAGAGAUCAUCUCUGGGAUAUCUGUGAUACCAGAAGGGAGGAAGCAGAGCAGGAGCGUAAUGAUGUCAUGAAUGAUGGCUGGUUCCCAGAUCGCAGGGGGAUUGCAAUGAACCAUUUCUUUUCACUUAUGCAGGUUGAAGUGGAUCGUUUCCAAGAUACAAAGAGACUUCUUCAUGACUACUAUGGGGCAAUGGAAGGAAAAGUCCCAACAGAUGAUGGUCGAGAUUUUGCUAGAAUCCCGUUGUUAGAUAUUGUUGGUGUGGGGCAGGAAGAAGAUCAAAACAAAUCAAGAAGGAUUCCUCUAAUUUCCUGGAAACUACCUUCACCAGAAAUAAGUACUACCAAGUCAAAAAGCAAGGGAACUCUACAGAAGAGUGCUAACGAUGAUAAUUGUGAAAAUGGAGUGACCACUUCUGAGAAAGAUGAAAUUCUUAUUGCUGAUACAUGGCAAACAGCAGUAACAGCAGUAUCAAGUAUGGUAACAGCUGAAAUACAGUCUGAAGAAAUGGAGGAGGAAAAAGGUCAGCAGCCAGAACUGAAAGAAUAUCUGAAACCUUCACGGACACUGUCAGGCAAAGUUACUGGGAAAAAUGCCAAAGAUGCCAAAACAUCUUCUUCCAAACCAGCUACUAAAAAGAAAGGACCACCAUCUGCAGCAUCCAUGCUUGAAGUCGCUUCAGUUCCUUUAACCUCAGAAGAAAUAAAGAAACAAGAACUGGCACUGAAAAUAAAGCAAGAGUAUUUCAGUGCUUUGAAACACGAAGAGGCAGCCACAAAAUUUCGACUAGAACUUAUAAAACAAAAAGCUUUAGCAUUUGUUGAAGAGCUUACAAUGAAAGCAGAAGAGACCUACAAAGACAUGGAAAAGUGGCUUGGAUCCAGGUUCUUGGCAGAAAUGUCCAGUGUUGAAAAGCUGACUGAGGUUGCACGACAUCACAUUGAGAGUUCUAGCAAAAUCAAAUACGAAAUUACUUUAGAAGAAACGGAUUUCUUCAUCAGCAGGGAUGUGGAAGUUAUUCCUGACCCUGCUCCUUCACCAAAUGUUCCAUGUAUGGAGGCCUCUGGAAAUGGUACUCUAACUAUUUCACAAAUUAAUACACUUCACAAGCAAUUUCUUCAGGUGGCACCCAAAGCCAUAAGAGCACUGAAGCAAUUUAAAAGCAAGAGUAAUUCCUCUGGCAAGAGAGAAGCUGGUGACAGAGGGAAAGAGAAGAAAGAUUUGGAACAUCAGAGAACAAAGAGGAAUCGCCAGUUUCCAAAAAUAUGGUUAACAAAAUACUCCUGGUUAAAAUAUGAUGAUGACAGGGGAAUGAUGUUUUGUGCACCAUGUCACAAGCAUAAUGUGGAUUUAGGGGAAAAUACUCAUAACUUUUGUUCUGGCACGGAUGACUUCAAACUUGAAUUUAUAAAUACACAUCAGAGUAGUGAAGCUCAUGCCUGGGCUACCUGCAUGGAAGCUGCCAGCACUGCUUCACCAGAUAGAGCUUCUGCUGAGCAGAUGCUGAAGACCAUGAACUCCAUAGCAUUAGGUAGAGUAGAUAAUAUUUUUAGAACAUACCACGUUAUUGCUCAAUCUGGUCAUCCCUUUGCAGACCUUGACUGCAUGUGCAAACCAGCUGGUAAGAAGGGAGUGGAUAUCAAUUCUGUAUUUAGAAAUGACAAGUCAGCCCGAGCGUUUAUGCAUUUUAUUGCUGAAGCAGAAGGAAGAGCUUUGAAAGAGAAACUGGAUAAUUGUGAAUCCUUUUCAGCUAUUAGUGACAGAGUCGUGGACAGCAUAAUUGAAGUAGUGGCAGUUGUCUGCAUACUCUUUGGAAAAAUCCAUUGCCAGGUUGCUGGAGUGCAACCUGUUAAAAAAAUGGAUGCUUCAGCUAUAAAAAACGCAAUUGAGGACACAGUGCAAAGGAGUUUUCAGCUGAGUCUGGCAAUCCACAACUGUUCAAGAAAAUUAGUUGGAUUUGGAAGCACUAGGACAGAUGUCAUGGUAGCAGAAAAUAGCAAAGAGCCUAAACUGAGGGAAACUCAGCCCUGGCCACACUGUGUGAAUUGUUUUGCUGACUGCCUAAAGUUGGCUUACAAAGGAGCAGUGAGAGAUACUCACCUAUGCAACGUCUUCGGUGAUGCCUUGAGAAACACCUAUCAUUUUUAUCGUAACUCAUCUCUGAAUAAGAAUAAUCUCAAAGCCACAUACAAAGCCAUCAAGUUAUGCUCAGCUAUUCCUUCUUUCGUUGGAGGCUCCCAGUGGUUUCCUCGUCUGCAAAGAGUUCUAUGGAUUCUCCUUAAAGUUUAUCCUGCCUUUGUUCUACAUCUGAGUAAGAUUAAAAGAGAUCCAAGAGCCUCAGACAAACAGAAAGUCAAACUCCCUUUUCACCUGUUUCUGAGAAUGCAGAUAGUAAAGUUUUCUCACUUCUUGCUGGAUAUCAUCAAUCUCCUCAACAUUCUGUCACACAUUACUCUGGAUCACAGUGCCUUCAUUGCAGAUGUAUUUGUGACCGUGGAGUCAAUCUUGGAAACACUACAGAUGCAUCAAAGAAGAGGUGGUCCAAAGGAAUGCCUGAUGGAGACCAUUCAGCAUUUUCAUGGUUACCAGCUUAUGGACAAUGGAAGUAUUUCAGCUGUAAGAACCAAAGCACUAAGCACAAAAAAACACAUUUGUUUUUGCAGUGCAGGUCAAGAUAUUUUGAGAGCAACUGCUACUGGAAGUUUUAAACUAUGGGCUGAAAAAAUUAAACAAGGUAUAUAUUUUCCUUUUGCCUCUGUUAUAGAAUUUGAUGAAAAAGAAGUGUCUGUCUUGAUGAAACAUUAUGAAGUCAAACUAGAAACUGCUAUUGUGAAAAUAGGCGAAGCAGAAACUGAAUGGAGCAUGCUGAAAUUAGAGCUAUGUAACAGGUUUCAGAACAUCCAGACCUUGACAUGGAAUUCAGUGAACUCAGAUUACCACAGGAUUGCAGGAUCAGAGUAUGUUAGGGGUUGGAAGGGACCCAAUGAGUUCAUUGAGUCCAACCCCCUUGCCAGAGCAGGACAAUACUAUCUAACACAAACAGAGGAACACAUCCAGACAGGCCUUGAGAGUCUCCAGAGAUUAUGCAAAGAAAUAUCCCAACAGCCUGGCAUUGGAAGAUUCGAUCCUGACUUCAGCAGCAUGCUCAGAAACAGAGCUAGUCUUCAGCCAAAUGAAAACUCCCCAUGAUGCAUUUGCAUGCCAAACUAAGGUCUGAAAGUGUGAUGGAUCUUUGGUAAUUCGAAUGAACUCUGCAAAUACCAAAAAAAAGAUGACACCCAGAAAGCUAUUCAUAUGUGGAAUGCUACUUGGCAGAGAAACAGAAGAUUUCAGGAAAGUGAUACAAUGAUAAAAGAAAGUCAAGAUCACAACUCUGAGUUUGCCUUGGAAGGUCUUUAUGGAGUUUGCUGGUUUUCAUUUAAGUCUCCUUGUAAAAUACAUGGACAGUUUAGCAGAAUAACCUGCAGGGUUAAUAAGUGUAAACAUUUUCUUAUCAUAAUGCAUUAUAACGUUAAGAUAUGACUUCUCUUUAUGUUCACCACUGAAUCCCCACAAGAUUUACAUUUUCCCAUGUGUACCUGACUUCUACAGAUCUGAAGGUAAUGAACAAAAAUAAUGGAGUACAUCCUGAGCUUGGCAACAUGUGGACAAAGGAAUGACUCUUGACUUCCACCUAGUUUAUUGCAUUUAUUCGAGUCAUUACAAAUUAUAACCACUGGAGUUAAUUGUCAUCUUACUAUCAGAUGUCAAUAGUUGAAGAAGAUUCACUGAUUCUGAAAACCCUGAUUUCUUAUUUUUGAUAAAUGUGCAGAGUAUCAGUGCACUAUUUCUGUAAAAUUAUUAAUUGACCUCUGUAGCCUAUGAAAAAUUUAGGUCAUACCUUUUCUCCAUGUAUGUAUGUGUUGCUGUUUUGUAUUCUCUUGUGGAUAAGUUUUGGCGUGAAGUUCUAACAGAUUUUUAUCAAGCUUAUACUCAGAAGAGUUUUCCUAUACAAGCAGAACAGAUCCAUUUUCCACUGCUGACUAUUAACUGGACAAAUCAGCCUUCCCAUAGAAAUUCUCUUACAUCCAGGAUAUGAUUAACAUACUUCAUGGCUUGAACCACUUUUUUUCCCUGUGAAAAUGUUUGUGAGGGUUGCAGUAAAAAUGCUGUAUCUUGAUUUUAAUCUAGGAUCUGAGAAUGACAUUUUUUUCAGAGAAGUAUCUGGUUCUGUGAUUUCAUCAUUCAACUGCUCCAGAUGCAGCUUUCUACUUGAUAGUUUCCAACCAUGGCACAGCAUACCAACAGAAUAUAUUUCUACCACCAAAAAUAGAGCUAAAAAUAAAUCAUGAAUGAUGCUUCUUCCAACAGGGAUGAAAGUGGAAUAGAAAUGAUACAGGAGAAAUAAAUAUGGGAUCAUUCACCUUUAAACGAAUCCUUUUAUAAA